GCUCUGUGACAAUCCACUGCUGGACUCUGGAUGUGGCACCCUGCUGGAGGCCCUCCCAGAGAACCGGUCCCUGGUGCAGCUGUCCCUAAUGCACACUGGUCUGGGGGAUAGUGGGGCCCUGCAGCUGGCUGAGAAGCUGCAGCAGCAGACCAGUCUGCAGGAGAUCAGUGUGGCCUACAACAGCAUUGGAGAUGGUGCAGCUCUGACACUGGUUGAUGUCUGCAGGGAACAUCCCAGCAUCCACACGGUCCA